AUGUCCUCCUGUUUUUUCUGCAGGUUGAUGGAGAACUAUACCUUAAACAGCUUUACCCUCCAGAUAGAAGGGUUAGAUGUCGCAGAGAGAUUUUUGUACCCUGUGUUUUUCUUCUUCCUCUUUUCUUACCUGGGGAUAAUGAUGCUGAAUGUGGGGAUUGUGAUCCUGAUAUGCCUGGACAGAAGCCUCCAUCAGCCCAUGUACCUGCUCUUCUGUAACCUGCCGUUCAACGACAUCCUAGGUGUCUCAUACAUGCUGCCCCGCCUGAUGUCGGACAUCUUGCUGCCGCCGGCUGAGCGCCUCAUCAGUUACUAUGAGUGUGUGGUUCAGGCUUUCUGUUCCCACAUGUUAGGCACCACGUCCCACACGGUGCUGAUGAUCAUGGCCUUCGACAGAUAUGUUGCCAUCUGUAAUCCUCUGCGUUACUCUGUGAUAAUGACCAACAGGAUGGUGAUGAAACUGACCGUCUUUGCCUGGGGGUCGGCCUUGGUUCUGGUGGGGAUUCUGCUGGGCCUGACGGUCCGACUGAGCCGCUGCAGGACUCUGAUCACCAACCCAUUUUGUGACAAUGUCUCAUUGUUCAAGCUGUCCUGUGAGAGCGCGGCGAUCAAUAACAUCUACGGUCUGACCUUCACUGUGGUUCUGUUCACCUCCUCCAUCGGCAGCAUCGUCUUCACCUACAGCAGGAUCACCAUGGUCUGUCUGACCAGCAGGAACAAGUCUGUGAACACUAAAGCCCUGAAGACCUGCAGCACACACCUGCUUGUGUACCUCAUCAUGCUUUUCUGUGGUAUUUUUAUUAUAGCUAUGCAUCGUUUCCCUCAGUACUCGGACCAGAGGAAAAUGUCAGCCAUCUUGAUCCAUAUCAUCCCCAGCAGCCUGAAUCCCAUCAUUUAUGGAGUUCAGUCAAAAGAAAUUAAGAAAUUCCUGUCCAAGUUUUUUCAGUCUAGGAAGAUUUUUUCUUGGUCUUAA